AACCUUCGUUCACUCUGUGAACUAUGUGUAGCUGUAACGAAUGCCAGCGAGAAUCGCAUCUUCUACUCGGAAAAGAAGGCACCUUCUCUGACACCCGCCACAAAUCUCCUUUCAAGGAUUUCUGAGAUCCUGUCGCCUCUUGGGAACCGCUCGUUAGUACACCAGAUGCUGAUUUGGCCCAUUGUUUGCGGGCAUUUCGUCAAAGUAGCUUCGUCAGUGGACGAGUCACGUGUGGGCAUCAGUGCACUCUCAGAAGCUGUCUCAUCGCUGAUCCUCACUGAAUCUCAGGGGCUCUGCUUCAACCAGAUGCUUAUCGCUCCAUUUCAGACGAUUAUCUGCUCGGACACUUGUUCUCCGGAAACAUGCGAGCAAAUCGUGGCUGCGUUAGCCGAUCUGGUGAAGACGAAGUCAGAUCGCAUCGGAUCAGGUUGGAAGACGUUGUUCGGCACACUGCGUGCUGUUCGCACUUCAGAAGUCGACGACGCCAGCGUACACUGGACGGUGCUCGACGUGAUAGGAGCCUAUCUGCGCAUCGAUAAAUAG